UUCCACACUUGAUCACAGUAUGAUUCUUGAACAGUUUUAAACACGGGUUUUUAGUGCAAAGUACUACUGCCGUAUUCUAAAAUAAUUUUUUGAAAUGUUAUUCCAAAUAAGAAUCAAACAGUUCGAUUAAAAAAUGUAUAACUUCACGAUCAAAUUUUGUUUUCAAACACUCAUGAUGGUGUUACUGUCAAAAAUAUGAAACCUAAUUUUUCUAAAAGUUAUAGUGUUGAGUUUUAACCAUUUUAUUUGGUAUAACCAAAAUAUUCAUAAUUGCUAAUGACACUAAAGUCUUUGUGACACUGCCAAAUCCAUGAUGAAUGUAGGCUACACAUUUUUAUGAAAGGAAAUUCUGUGGAAAAUUCAUACAGUAUCUCUUUCGUUGUGUCACAGAGCAAAUCCAGUUCACUGAAAAUAUUGAGCACAAUGCUGUUAUACAAUGUAAGGAAGCUUACAUAUGCAUUUAUUGCCAUAGUCCUUCUCUACGUAACGGGCCAAAUGCUCCGAUCCAACAGCCAACUGGAUAUUCAAGAUAGGACUGCCCAAUUAAAACAGCUUUCUAAACUGUUCUCAUCUGGAUCUAGCAAUUCAAGAAUAUGGCGAGGUCAACAGGCCUGCAAACAUCCCGACCUGGACGUGUACAGUCCGGUGAUGAUGGCCCACAUUCACAAAACUGAUCCAAUCGUCUGUUCGCCAGAGAAAGAUUGGGUCGAAAUUGACGGUAGCAAGGCCAAGAUAACGGCCGAAGCACGACAAAAACACGGAGAAAUUGAGUGCUCAUUCACAGAUAUCCUCAGGAGCAAUGACUUCAGUUCAAGAACAGGGAUAUCGACAACAACGCAUACUGAAUAUAAUUUGGAAAAUGCUGAUUUUGUUAGAAUACACUGUGUUGCAAAUGAUGGUAAAAGAUGGAGUAACCUUAUGGCAGGAGCUAGACACGACCAAGACGUACUGGACCAAUCAGGAUGGGAGAAAUUGCCUGACAAAACACUCAAACUCAACGUUCUUAUGUUCGGAUUCGAUUCUCUGUCAAGAAAUACUUUCAUCAGAAAAUUGCCGAAAUCCUACGAUUAUCUGACAAAAGCUUUGAAAUCUAUCGUUUUGAAAGGGUACAAUAUUGUUGGGGAUGGAACUCCACAGGCGCUGAUACCGAUUCUAACAGGUAGAACUGAGCUUGAACUGCCAGACACAAGGAAACGUAUGGGCUCUGAGGCGAAUUACGUUAAUGUUUAUCCUUUUGUUUGGAACGACUAUCACAAUAACGGAUAUGUAACAGGUUACAUGGAAGAUACUCCCGAUGUUGGAAUAUUCACGUUUCGAUUAAAAGGAUUCUCGGAUCAACCAACCGAUUAUUACCUGCAUACAUACUACCUGGACUUAAAAACCCAAUUACACAAGCAUAAACCGUUGUGUGUGGGGUCCAUGCCUAGGCAUAAAGUGAUGCUGGACUAUGCGAGGCAUAUAUUCACAGUGAACAAGGAGAGACCAAAAUUUGUGUUCGGAUUUCACGGAGAAAUCUCGCAUGACAGCUACAAUCAAGUAGGAGCCGCUGAUGACGAUUUACUGGAAUGGAUGAAAUGGUUCAAUGAUGAAGGACACCUCAACAAUACGGUUCUUAUCCUCAUGAGUGAUCAUGGCCACAGGUUUGCAGAAGUUCGUAAUACUCAGCAGGGAAGACUGGAAGAACGUUUGCCUUUCUUUUCAUUCGCUUUCCCUCCUUGGUUUGAAAAAUUACACCCCGAAGCAGCGAGAAAUUUCAAAAUAAACUCGGAACGUCUUACUACGCCGUUUGACAUUCAUUCCACACUGAUGAACAUUCUGAAAUUUGAAGGAGCUGAUAUGGGGGACAUCAGUCAGAGAUCGAUCAGUUUAUUCAAGGAGGUUCCAAAGGAAAGAUCGUGUAUUGAUGCUCAUAUUGAGCCCCACUGGUGUGCUUGCUUGGAUUGGGAGAAGAUUGAUCCGGGGACUUCAAUAAUCCAGAAGGCAGCUAAAACACUAGUGGAUGCAAUCAAUGAGUACAACAAGAAAUACUCGAAUCUGUGCGAACAGCUGUCUCUGAACUCGGUGCUGUGGGCAGCCAAGCUACUGCCCAGCAAGGCGGUGCAAACAUUCAAGCAGUCAGCAGACAUGGAUGGAUUUGUGCCCGAUCUCAGUGGAAAGUUGGAGAUCACCAUGGAAUUGUAUCAGAUCAAAAUAUCCGUUUUGCCAGGUGGAGGGCUUUUUGAGUCAUCCCUCACUUACAUGGUCAAAGACGAUGCGUUUUCGUUGAAGAUUGAAGAAGUGAGCAGGAUUAACAAAUACGGAGCUGCCGCUCGAUGCAUAGAAAAUACACAGGAGCAACUAAGAAAAUUCUGCUACUGUAAGGAUGAUGCAUAAUAAAUAAUAAUUGAGAAAAGUAUGAGGAAGAAUGUUAGGAAGAAGAGAGGGAGAGAGAAAUCAACAAAGAAAAUUUCUUUUAAAAUAUUGGAUUCAAAAUAACUUAACUGUGUAAAACAGUUUUGAAAAAGGGCACAAAAUGAUUAUAAGUUCAUUACAAUUCAUUGUAGGUUCAACCAGUAUUCAUUUUUACAUUUAUUUUACUUUUGUAUUUGUACAAAAUAUUGGAAGGAAACGCAUACUAGUAUGUCAAACCAAUGAUGUGAACAAAACACUACCAAAUAUUCUUAUUGCAUAUUAAUUGUGAUUAUAGUAUAGGCUAGUUCUAGUUGUUUUAUUGAAGACUUGAAAACUAUCAAUUUUUAUGAAUACCAACUGUGCAAUGAGUUGUUUAUAACUAUUGAAUAAUCAGUCAUUGUUUACUAAUAUCUUUUAUUAGUAUUCUACUUUUUAAAAGUUUUUUAUGUAAGUUGAAGUUACAUGCGGUGAUUUGCAAAACUUUUCCUCUGUGAAGUAUAGUGGAAAUAUUGAAAUGUUUUUUAAACCGAGAAAAUGACCGUCAUAAACCUAUUCUUAGAAUAACGAAAGCGUACUCAAAAAUUAAAAUUGUCAAUAAAUAAUUUUCUAGAAAUAUCACUUGAAAGUCUACUUAUAAUUUUAUUUGUGAUAGAAUGAUAGUGAGAAAAGAAAUGAAACCAAGAGGUUUCACGAAAAAUUCUCAAAAAAUGACAUGAUCAUUCUCGAGAAUGAUUCUUCCUGUAAUUUAAAUAAAGAGAUUUUACUAGCUCAAUAUAGUUGCCAAACUAAAAAAAUAAUCAAAAUUAUAACUUCAAUUCUAUUGGAGGAGGUGAUGAUUGAUAACUAUCCAAAUCAAAGAAAAUGAUUGAAUGUUCUCACAACCAUAUUGGAUCGCGUUUGUAUCGUUAAUUGUUAUUAGAAUUAUUUUAAUUAUAUCAUGUGACCUGGCUGGCUCAAGUCUAGUGUAACAAAAUAGUACAAUUAAUAUUGCUGUAUGAGAAUACUUUAAAUUGUCACAACCGCGUGUUCCUUGAAGCAACAAGGAACUAGUUUUUGUUGUUACACUGUCAACAACAGAUCAUCUCUGUAAAAGGGAUGAAUGCAAAAUGUAGACGGUCAAGAACGUUAAGAUAAUAAUUCUUUGUAUGUGAUAAACAUAUAUUCUUGUCCAUAAUAAUUCUUGUUGACAUUGAACUAUUUUCUCGCCUAUUUUUUAUGUAUUAUUCAAUUGCGUAGACGUAGACUUAUUAUUUUUUGGUAUUAUCUAUAAUUUAUAAUGAAUUGUAAGUUUAUCUCUAACAAUAAAUGAUUCCAAGGCCAUAAUAGUUCACUAGUCCACUUGAUAAUACUUGAUUUCAAUAUGAUUUCAUUUUGUAGUUAUUAGUAUUUACUUUUUGUGUAGUUGAGAAGUUGAUAUUGUGGUAAUUAAUCAUAUUGAAUGAAAAAGACUAAGAAAUUGUCAAAAAACCACUGAUUUAUUGAUAAUUAGAAAGACCGGUUUCGGUUAUUACACCAUUGUCAAUCUCUGAUAAACUAUUAUUCCUUAUCAGAGAUUGACAAUGGUGUAAUAACCGAAACCGGUCUUUCUAAUUAUCAACAAAUCAGUGGUUUUUUGACAAUUUCUUAGUCUUUAUUAUUCAAUAUUAGUAUUUAGAUAUUAUAAUUUUAUUAAUUUAUCUGUACAAUGAAACUUUCAUGAUUUAGGAUUGGGGUUGAAGAUAGUCUUAGGCAUUAGAUAAGCACCCCAUGUUAAGAUUUAUUAAAAUUAAAAAUUAUCAUGUUUUUGGAAAAUUGGUCAUUGAAAUUUCAAUUCACGUUUCCAUUCUAUGUUCACCAUUAACUUGAAUCAAAUCGGAUAGCUCAUUUGAAAUUUAAUUGCUCACUUUUUUAAAAUUAAUUUAUAAAAAUGAAAUUUUUGGUGUGGGUUGAAAUGUGUCAGUGUUUAUUCAGAAAGUUGAUAGCUUUUAUCAGGCUAUUCAAUAUUCAAAUGCCAUCGUUUUAUGCUAGUUGCUAGAUGAAACUACUUCUAUUGAGUUACAUUGAAUGUAGUUUCAAAAAAUCGUUUUAUUAUGAUAGAUUGUUAUGUGAAAACUAUCGAAAUAUUGUAUCUUUAGUAUUUGUUCAUUUUGUGAUAAUCUGAUUUAUACAACAUUUAUAUAUUUAUUACGGUAUGUGAUUAAGUAGAAGCAGAUCUGCAUAAAUUUCCACUAACUCUGUAUUUUCAUCAUUAUUUGAAAGUAGACUACUACAAAAUUAGAGAAAUCAUAGAUCAAACUAGCUCUAAAAAAUAUUUCAAAGUACCAUAUUGAAAAUAAACGGACGAGUUGCUAGCAUUAUUUUAUUUCCCAAUUAGUCUACAUUUCAUCCAAUGUUGAAGAUUUUUUAUGAAUACAUUUUUGUCGCCGAUUGAAACUAACGACAUGAUGAACUUUAUCAAAUAUAAUAACUUUUGUAGAUUUAAGAUGAGUAAUUAAUGUACCAAGCUUUUAUUAUUUAUUCAUAUUGAGAUACAAUGAGAAAUAUCAAUAAUAUACAUUCCAAAAAUAUUAAACCCCCAAUAGUGGAGAAGUUUUUCACAAGAGCAUGAAUGUCAAAUAUGUAUUUAUAGGAACUUUUCAAUUAAAAAUGCUUAAUCAAUCUAUUCUGAACCCCAAAUGUAAUUGUAGCUUUAGAGAUAACUUGAUCAAUUCAUUAUCUAAGCAUGUUGAGCCCAACUAUUUUUAUCUUGAUUAAUUAUUCUGACAUUUGUAAAAAUUAAUCUGUGAUAUAUAUAUUAUUAUUUUUCAAUAAUGAAGUUGGUCGGAUUCUGAUUAUACAUAUUUCUGUUUUAUAAAAUAUUUCAUAUCAUUUGGCACUGUUAUACCACAUCAAAUAUGAUUAUAUUCACGAUAAAUAUUUUUGAAAAUUAAUAACAAAAUGCAUAAAUAAUGUAGCCUACGUACUAAAUUUUUUUCAAAACUGAUUCAUGGAUUAAAUGUAUUUUCUUUAUGAAUUAUUCAAAUAAUAAAAUAUUUAUAUUUAUAUAGAGACAUUAUUUCAAAAGACAGUCGACACAAUAGACUAAUUAUCUGUGUGAGAAUAGUUUUCAUUUUUUGACUUCAUAAGCAUUUAGAAUCGACUUUACAGCAGUCAUAAAACUUGAUAAAUCUAUUGUCUAUAAAACAUUCUUAUGAAAUAAACUUACAAAUCACUGAUCAAAAAUAGUUUACUUUCGUGCCAACCAACGAAUGCAUUUAAAUAAUUAUUUAUCAAAUCACGAAUACAUUGUAAAUAUAGAUUAUUUUUUAUUGUCAAGAUAUACAUACAUAGGAAGAAAUAGUUACAUUAGAAUAUCUGGUACACUAUUCUAGAGAGGUAAUAACGACUUUGAUAUAUUUAAAAACGGUAGUAUAAAGUAGUAUCAUCUAGAAUUAUUCUUAGCUACAAACGCAUUGAAAUCAAAUCAGUAAUAUUCAAUAAUUAUUAUUGAUAGUAUUUAAACUUUCAAUUUUAUAGUAAUAGUAAAUCGAGUCAAAAUGUAGAUUAGGUUCUGGUGAUUUAAUGAUAGAACAAUUUUGCGUUUAUAUUAAAUCUUUAUUUUUUAUAAUUAAAUUAACGAGUUCCUCAUUUAUAUUUAUAAGGGUAGAAUGUUUCUGUCAAGUUAUUUUUCGUACUCUUAUACCAAAUGAAAUACUACUUAUUUCUACUAGUAUUUUUUAACGAGGAAUUUUUUACAGAAGACUAUAUUUAAUUCAAUGGUGGUUCUAUUUAGUAUGAAUGAGUUGUAUAAUGUGUCUUUCUUUUUGUGUACUAUUCUGUUGAAAAUAAUGUGAAGUUGUCAAUUUUUGUAAUGGAGUUUAAGCAUUUCAUAAUUUACCGAUUUUAAAGGUAUAGUAUUCAACGUUUUUGUGAUAUUCAACAAAAUUGUUUGAAAAGGUGUCUCAAAUAAAAGUAUUGUGAUUAUCUGAA